UAAAACGGAAGUUGUCCUUUUGCCAUGGAAACAGGAGGACGGGGCAAGUUUUUUAUUAUGUUGUGAGGCUUGUUAAUGUUCAUUUUUUGUAGAAACUUGUAGAAACUUUGAGGCGACGAUGAACGUAUUUUCUGACUCGAGCAGUUUUUCUUUUGACGCUGCACCAACUGACGAGUUUCUUCACCUUCGUGCACGCGCGGCCGGACUGACUUUUUGCGGGUGCGCGCACGCUGUUUUCCUGUGUAAAUUGGCCUACUCACUGAGAUGCAGCAUCACAAGCCACACAAACAGAGGCCCGUUGGCAUCAGGAGGAGACAGUGACCUCUGUGUUGGGAUACUUGGGAUGGGUCACAUGGGGAAACAGCUGCUCCUCUCCCUCCUUGAAAAAUCUGGCAUCAAACCAUCACACAUUAAGAUAUCCACUAGAAGACCAGAAUCUGCAGUGGAAUUCAUCCAGAAAGGAGUUGAAUGUUUUUUUGACAAUCGCAGACUGGCAGCAUGGGCAGAUGUUCUGUUCCUCUGCUGUCUGCCCUCUCAACUCCCCAAAGUCUGCGCUGAUCUCCACUCUCAUCUGCCAAAACACUGCCUUGUGUACAGCUUCACCUCUGGUGUCCCUGUCACCAGGUUGUCACGGCUUCUUGGACAUGACUUCAUUCUCAAACCACAGUAUGACUUUGUAGCUUGUGAUGCUGGAGAUGUGUGGCUGUCGCGCACUCAUCUGACCCAGGCUUUGACAGGUCCUUUAGAGGCAUCGUGUCCUCUUGCAAUGAGCGGUGGUAUUUCUCUGGGUUGGAACUGGGUGUGUGCAGUGUUGUACAGCCUGCUAAAUAUCUGCACCUCUGCCAGUCUGGGAUCCAGUGAUGCUCUCUCUCUUAUCAACAGCAUCCUUAAAGAGAAACGGCCGCACACUGUGGAAUUAAACGCACACAGUUUCAUCAGUGCAUCAUUUGCAUCUUCCCUUACUGCAGAGGAGCCUUUUCCCUGGAUUUCUCUCACUGACACUCAGACCAAGAAGACACCACUGCUGUGCUUUCUAUCAAGCAGCAAACCUCUGCAACAGUGCAUCUCUGCAGCGUACAAAUCGCUUCUAGGGACACCAGCAAAAUUACCAGUUACUCUCUAACAUAAAACAUAACUGUAUAUUUGGAUGUCCACCAUAGAUGCAGUGCGUUCCUGUGUGAUGCACGUUUUGGUUUGAAAAAUAUAAUCAUAUAUUUCAAUAAAUAGGCUUCAACAGUAUGUUUCAUGAUACUUGCAGUUUUUGUUUUAUUUUGUUUAUCUUUAAGGUAAGGUAAGCUAUUAUUUCUAUUUAUUUAUUUCUAUUUAUAUAAUUCAUUCAUUUAUUUAAGUUUUACUAUUUUAAGAACAUCAACACAAAAGACAAAUACAUAAACACAACCAGCACAGACUAAACAAAAACACAUCUCUGCUGUAUUCAUAACAUUAAUAAAUCCAAAGUCCAUCAGCACAGCACCAAUCCUUAUAUCAUCAGGUGACGUAUUCUACACAAAAAGCCUGGAAACAGACAAACAAAAAGGUCCCUAUGAUACAACCAAAGCAAAAGAAGCAUCUCCAUCUGUAGUUUGCAAUUGUAAUACAUUUCAGUAGUGUCUAGCUCCUAUGACAUGUUUAGUCCUUUUAUACGUUUGGUAUUUGUGACCAAUCCCCCAGUAAACAAAACUUUGGACUUAAAGGGAUUUCUUAACCAAACCAACAACUUAAAAUUUCUAAUACUCCAAUCCAGAGUGGUCUCACCAAACUACAUUCCCAUAAACAGUACAGGAAAGUUCCUAUUUCAGUUUUACAUUGCCAACAGCUAUUGUUAUUUCACAACUUCAUUCUGUAGAGUCAUA